AUCAAGCACCUAGGCAUGCAUACUGCUUCUACGAACAUUUGUGAAAGAAUGGGUCACUUUCUGGAGCUCAGUAAACUCAAGCAUGGUACCGUGAUAGGUUGCCACCUGUGCAAUAAGUCCAUCCAUGAAAUUUCCUUGCUACUAAAUAUUCCACAGUCAACUGUUAGUGGUAUUAUAAGUGAAAGCAACUGGGAACAACAGCAACUCAGCCAUGAAGUGGUAGGCCACAUAAAAUGACAGAGCGGGGUCAACGCAUGCUGAAGCACAAAGAGCACAGAAGUUGCUAACUGUCUGCAGAGUCAAUAGCUAAAGACCUCCAUACUUCAUGUGGCCUUCAUAUUAGCACAACAACUGUGUGUAGAGAACUUCAUGGAAUGGGUUUCCAUGGCUGAGCAGCUACAUCCAAGCCUUACAUCAUCAAGUACAAUGCAAACCAUCAGAUGUCAUGGUGUAAAACACCAUGACUCUAGAGAAGAGAACGGUACUUGACUGACUGCAUUGUGCCAAGUAAAA